AUGGAGCCUGCGAGGUUGGAAAGCAGAUCAGGUCUUUAGGUUUUGCCUAAGUUAGACUAUACCGCUAUUCGCUCGCCCGUACACGUAGUUUCGUGAUUGAUUCCGAAGGUUUCCAUCUUGCCAUAGAUCGCUCGCAGCCUCGCCUGCUUCCCGCUCGUCGCUCUGACAAAUUGCGUUUCGUUCUUCCAGUCACGGGUUUCCACUUUGGUUCUCGGUCGUCGCUCCUCGAUCUUCGGGAGCAAACGGCGCCAUUAUUUCGCGAGGGAUUUUGAGAAUCUGAAGGUUCCGGUUGUUUGGGUUCAGAAAGCAAGCUUGUAGACUUCCAGAAUUGCUGCGAUGUGGCUUUUGAGCCGACUCAUACGCUCUUACAGUCCCAGAGUCGCACCGGGAAUACCUCGCAGUUUGGAUCACUGCAUACCACCGCAUACCACUGCAUACCACUGCAUACCUCCGCAUAACAUACCUGCAGAAUCGCAGUGGGAAUACCUCGCAGGUUGAAUAUGGGGAGCAACGCGCCGCCGACGGAACAUAGGCUCGAGGGGUUGGGUAGUCGUUCCGGAGGGGGUGGAGAGGGGAGGGUUCAGCGUCUAGGCGGUUUGUCCCUUGGGAAUACCGUAUUCAGAAGUCAAGCUUUCCGCAGCGCCUCUUUAGGGAGUACCGAGCCUCACGUUGUAGGGAAUCCCGAGCCUAGUGCCGUGGGGAAUACCGCAUUCAGAAGUCAAGCUUUUCGCAGCGCCUCAAAACCAGAGGGGUGGGUUCAGCGUCUAGGCGGUUGGUCCCUGGGGAAUACCGCAUUCAGAAGUCAAGCUCUUCGCAGCGCCUCGUUAGGGAGUACCGGGCCUCGCGUCGCGAGGCAUGCCGAACCUAGCGCUUCGGAGAAUUCCGAGCCUGGGCAGCAGCAGCGCUUGGGCGGUCCUUCUGUGGUAAGUGGGGAGGUGCUGGUGCCUGGGGUCGGUACUCCCAAGGGCGGCAUGCCUGGGGUCGUUACUCCCAAGGGCGGCAUGCCUGGGGUCGUUACUCCCAAGGGCGGCAUGCCUGGGGUCGGUACUCCCAAUGGCGGCAUGCCUGGGGUCGGUGCUCCCAAGGGCGGCAUGCCUGGAGUCGGUACUCCCAAGGGCGGGAUUGAACCUAAGCCGGAGCCUGUUGACGGUGUUGGAAGCUAUGGGCAUGGGCAUGUGUCUUGGUAUGCCAACGGGAAUACCAAUGGGCAUGCCAAUGGGAAUGCCAAAGGGUAUGCCAAAGGGCAUGCGGUGAAGAGUGGGGAUAAGAUGGGGAGAUGGGGAGGAAAAGAGGGCGUGGUGAAGGAGGCUGCUUUUGAAGAUGGAAAGAUGGAGUUGAGGACUGAAGCUAAGGAAACAAGGGGCGGGGGAGAACGAGUAGCUUCAGUCCCUUGUUCGGUAUCUUCACGCGAGCAAGGGCCCACAUUAAGACAGGUUCGCGUGAAGAUUGAAGGGGGUUGUGACGAAGGUGCAGCAGAAAAGCAGCAUCAAAACCACAACCACCACCACCAGCAGCCGCAGCAGCAGCAAAACUAUCAACACCACCAGCAGCAGCACCAGCGCCGGACGCAGCAGCUAAGCUACCAGCAACCUCAGAAGCACCAGCAACAGCAGCAGCAGAAGCAGCCGCCAGCUUUGGGACAGACAGGGGGACUGUCUGUCCCCCUGUGUGCUGUCAGCCGUCAGCUGCCAAGUUCUGCAAGAAGUGAAGGGGAGGGGAAGAGGGGCAGGGGGGAGGUGGUAGUGAAGAAGGAGGAGGAGAGGGAUGUGGAGGGGGGGAGGAUAGAAAGGGGAAGAAGGGGAGCGGAGGAGAGGAAGAGGGGCGGGGAGGAGGUGGUAGUGAAGAAGGAGGGGGAGGAAAUGGCCGAGGGGAAGCGAAGGAGACUUGGGUUUGUGUCAGGGGUAGAGAAGAGUACAGAAGGGGAGGAGGAAGAGGAGGAGGAGGAAGAGGAGGAGGAGGAGGAGGAGGAGGAGGAGGAGGAGGAGGAGGAGGAGGAGGAGGAGGAGGAGGAGGAAGAGGAGGAGGAGGUGGUGGCGGAGGAGGUUUUUUAUGAGGAAGGGGGAAGCGAGGAGGAGGGAAGCGAGGAUAUGGAUCAGGAAGGGCAAGAGGAAGGGAUAGGAAGGCACGGGGGAGAGACGAGGGGGGCGAAUCGAAGGCGGGCUGGUCAGCUGGUAGUGUGUGUGAAGGAGGAGGAGCAGCAGGCGGAGGAGGAGGAGGAGGAGAAGGAGGGAGGAGGGAGAGACCAACAAAUGGCGUCUUUUGAGUCGGCUCAAAAGUCACCUCUGUUGUCCUUCGAGUCAGCGGAACGGGCACCUGGGACGAGGGAGAGAGAGAUGGCAAUGGUAUUGCAUGCUUUUAGUGAUGGAGGCUCGGAAUGUAGGGAAGGCAUGGGACAAGAAAAGGAUAUGGAAGGCUUGGGGGAGUGGGAGUUGAGGGGAGUGGGAAGUGAAGAUGAGUAUGAGGAGGGUCGGGAAGUGCUACCUGCGGUCGGGCAGGAGAUGGCAUGGUUGGAGGUGAUAUUAGGGGGCAUCGGAGGAGAAGCAGGCGGGGCGGAAGCAGCGGUAUCAGAAGCAGCAGUUUCAAAAGAAGCAGUAUCAGAAGCAGCAGUUUCAAAAGAAGCAGUAUCAGAAGCAGCAGCAGAAGCAACGGCAGUGGCGUGCAGACCCGCACAACCAAGCUUGGACCGAUCCUCCAAGCUGGUGCCGCCAGCUGCGAAGCGGCCUCCCAGGGGCAUGACUAUCCGGCGGAAAGCAGCACCAUCGAGCUCAGCUCGGAAUCGGCUUCCAAAAGGGGCCCGGAUGACCGGCGCUGCUGCAGCUGCUCUGUUGAAGGACGAGCUCUUGAAGGACUUCAACUUCGAGAUGAGCUCUUCAGGAGGGCCAAGCUCAAGUGCAUUUCAAAGCCAGUCUGACACGUCAGGAGGGGCACUUGAUGCUCGAAGCCCUCCUGAAGCCGGUCUGGAGGCACUUGAGAGCCGGUCUAUGAUCUAUAGAGAGCUUGGCCCUCCCGAAAACGCUCCACCAGCCCCCCCCCCACCGUCCAACUCAACCCUGAACUCGUCAGGGUACUUCGGAGUGGUUCGGUGCGGUACCAAGUGGUCCGUGAACCUCUUCCUUAGCCUAGCCCAGCGCACCAAGUACAACAUCAGUGGUUCGGCCCUCAACUGCGGCUCCUGGCCGGAAGGGGAGCUUCUAGAAGCAGCAGCAGCGGCAGAGGCGGCUUAUUUGGUGCUGAAGGGUGAGAGGGGGCUGGAGUUUAGGCUUUUGAGGGAGGAGGAGAAAGAGAGGCUCAGGGGGAUGGGGUGGGAGGUGGCUGUGAGGAUGAUCAGGGGGAGGGUGUGGCGGCGGUGGCGGGAGUGGGGGAGGAAGGGGGAGGGGGGUGUGAGAGGGGGAGAGGGAGCUGUUGGGAGGGAAGGGAGGGUAGGGAGGAAGGGAGAGGAGAGGAGUGAGGGGAGGGAGGGGAGGGAGCAGGGGUUGGAGUCGAAUGGGCAGACGUCGCUGGGUGUGCGAGAGCAAAGGCAACAAGAGCACACGCCAUUCUUGAAUGGGCCGAGCAGUCAGCCUCCACAGCAAAGGCUCUCACAGAACAGACAUUUGCAUAACGGAGAGGAGGGGCCUUCCCCAGAUGGCCCUUCAGGGGAGAGGCCUUUGCAGGGUGGGAAUUCGCCGGUGCAAGGACGCACGGUGAGAGGGUCCAGAAGACAAGGGGAAGACAUGGGAGGGUUGAAUGUUGUGGGGGGAGAGGGGUCAAGAGGAGAGGGGUCAAGAGGAGAGGGGUCAGGAGGAGAGGUGUCAAGAGGAGAGGUGUCAAGAGGAGAGGUGCCAAGAGGAGAGGUUUAUCACGAUAAGACCCCUGUGGUUACAAAGAAGAAGCAGGCCCAUGCGUCUGGUUACCUUGGCGUUACAAGGAACUACAGUGCGUGGGCGGUGCGUGUGCCCUUAAACUCAUUCAAGAGCGUCUUAUAUGGGGUAUCCAAGAAGCUGCACUGCGGGCAGUGGGACGACUUAGAAGAGGCGGGAGCAGCGGCAGAGGCGGCAUACUUUGUCCUUAUUGGGGAGCAGGAGAUCCAAAAGAGGGGGAUUAAGCUCCGGCUUUUAACUGAGAGUCAGAAGGAGACGCUUAGGCAGAUGGAUCCGAUUGAAGCAGUGGGGAUGAUCAAGGGGAAGCAGUGGAAGCAGUGGAUGGAGUGGGAACCUGAGGACAUGCUGAGUCCUGUAGGCGGUUCGAGUGCUGUAGGUGUUGCGCAAAAUAAGGGAGAUAACCUGCUGCCGUUUGGUGAUAGGUUUGUGGGUGAUGGCAAUGCGCUGCUGCAAGGGCAAAGUUGCGACCCUGCUGCUCUCCCAUUGCAGCAGCAGCAGCAGACCGAGGGACAGGAUCAAGAGAGGCAGCAGCAAGUGCAGCAUAAGCGUCAACUCCAGCUGACGCUUCCUGACAAUCACCACCAGCAGCAGCAGCAGGGACAGCAGGGGAGUGGGACACCUUACGCGACGCAGCAGCAGCAGCAAGUGCAGGGAGAGCACGAGCCGCUCUCCCCGCCGCGGCCUGGUCGGCCCAGGGACUUCAAUCGCGACAUGGAGAAGCUUCUUACCGGCCAUUACACGAUUAACAAGGUCAACAAGGUCAACAAGGUCAGCAAUGCUGGAGAAGCCAGAGGGAAUUCCACAAGCAGAAAUGCCAUCAGCAGCAAUGGCAGGGGUAGUGAUGGCAUGGGUGACGCUGCCGGUAACGGUGCCAGUAAUGGUGGCUGCAAGUGGCAGGUUGUGCUGAAUUUCAGCGCGCAUAAGAGCAUGCGCUUCGGAGUCCCGGAGCAAUUCCACUGUGGAGAGUGGGACAGCUUUCACGAGGCGGCGGCAGCAGCAGAGGCGGCAUGCAUGGCGAUUAAAGGCGAGUGUAAGAUUGCGUUACAAGUGCUGAGUGAAGGGGAGAGGGAGGGGUUGAGGGGGUUGAGUAGGGGGAGCGGGAUCUAGGAGAGGCGAUGGGGUGGGAAGAAGAGGCAUGUAGAAAGUAGGGAUGAUAUGAUAUUGUGAGUGCAUAUCAUAGAAGUUUAUAAUAUU